AUGGCUCAACAGAGCUUAUCAGAUAUCGUAGCCGGGGCUGGUGUGGAUUUGACGUCUUAUGGAACUCUCUACAAGCAUUUCCAUACGCAUCCCGAGCUCUCGCUACAAGAGAAGGCCACCUCAGAAACGAUCGCUUCGCAUUUGUCCCAGCUCGGUGCGUAUGAGAUCCACAAAAAUAUCGGAGGGUAUGGUCUCGUAGGUGUUCUCAAGAAUGGCACUGGAAAGACAAUCCUUCUUCGCGCCGACAUGGACGCGCUUCCAGUCAAGGAACUCACCGGACUCCCCUACGCGAGUUCAGUGACUAUGUCUGAUGCCGACGGCAAUGAAAAACCAGUGAUGCAUGCAUGUGGCCAUGAUAUGCACAUUACAUGUCUCCUCGCAGCUGCCGAGGUUCUGGCCCGUACGCAGAAUGCGUGGAGUGGGACUUUAAUCGUACUCUUCCAGCCAAACGAAGAGCGGGGCGGAGGUGCCCAGGCUAUGGUUGAUGAUGGACUUUAUUCGAAAAUCCCCAUGCCCGAUUACGUCUUUGGUCAGCACGUCAUGCGAAUGCGAGCGGGGAGUGUUGGUUCUCGACCUGGCACGAUCAUGGCUGCUGCCGAUAGCUUGAAAAUCACUCUCUACGGCCGCGGUGGUCAUGGGUCAAUGCCGCAUCAGACUGUAGACCCGGUCCUCCUUGCUGCGCAUGUUGUUGUUAGGCUUCAAGAUAUUGUGAGUAGAGAGGUGGAUCCGAGCGAUCUUGCUGUUGUGACGGUCGGGAGCCUGCAGGCCGGGCAGACGGAAAAUAUCAUUGCGGACCGGGCGGAAAUCGGAGUUGAUUUUAGGACAGUCAAGUUGGAGACUCGGGAGAAAAUAAUUUCUGCUAUUCGGCGCAUCGUUGAGGCCGAGUGUGUGGCCAGUGGGUCGCCGAAACCGCCGUUGUUCACCCCAACGAGGCGGUUUCCGCCCACCGACAACGAUAAACAUGUGGCCUCCCAACUGGCCACGUCCUUCGCAGACCAUUUCGACGACUUUGAUGAUAAUACUCCAAGGACCAAUGUUAGUGAGGAUUUCUCCACGUUGGGUACUUCCCAGGGGAUUCCUUGCUCCUUUUGGUUCAUUGGAGGAAUUGACCCAGUGCUCUGGGAUAAGGGCCUGAGAAAAGAAACCCCCAUGCAAGAGAUUCCUGGGAACCACUCGGCUCUUUUUGCACCAGUAAUCCAGCCAACGAUGAAAACUGGAGUGGAUGCGUUGUGCAUCGCGGCUUUGACAUUCUUGAAAAAAUAA